CCGGCUUCCGGCAGAGCCUACCGUCGUCGCGCGCAGCCGUCAUGGCGGCCGAGGAGAAGGACCCGCUGAGCUAUUUCGCGGCUUAUGGGAGCAGCAGCUCAGGCUCCUCGGGCGAGGAGGAUAAUAGCGAGCCGGAGGAAACAAGUCGCAGGGCCCCCGAUCCUGCGAAGUCGGCGGGAGGCUGUGGGAACAAGGAGGAGAAGCGGCUGCCGGGACCCGACGAACUGUUCCGGAGCGUGACUCGCCCGGCCUUUCUCUACAAUCCGCUCAACAAACAGAUAGACUGGGAGAGGCACGUCGUUAAGGCUCCUGAGGAGCCUCCAAAGGAAUUCAAAAUAUGGAAGUCAAACUAUGUACCACCUCCCGAGACCUACACUACUGAGAAGAAGCCUCCCCCUCCAGAGCUGGAUAUGGCAAUAAAAUGGUCUAACAUAUAUGAGGACAAUGGUGACGAUGCCCCACAGAAUGCUAAGAAAGCUAGACUCCUGCCGGAAGGGGAGGAGACCGUGGAAUCAGAUGAUGAAAAAGAUGAGCAUACUUCUAAAAAGCGCAAAGUAGAACCAGGAGAAUCUACAAAGAAGAAAAAGUAGAAAAUGACAAAUCUCAAGAAUUUCUGGACUGUGAAACUUGUUGAAAUGGUUUUUUUGGGCAGAUUAAGUUGAUAUUUUAAAUUAUUAUGAGACAACAUCUCCAUGAAAAUAUAUGUUAAUUAAUAAUAAGUAUUGCUGUGGGAACUUUCCACUGUAGAAUUCAUUUUUUUUAUUUAAAACUUUAUUUAAAACUCAAGUGGUGAUUUGUGAUUGUGAAAUUGACAACACUUGGAAGCAUUCUUGCUAUCACAGAAUUGGUGACAUACUUCGAAAGUUUUGUCACAUGUCGACAUGCCAAUGUUCUAUGAACCUUUUAUAAAGGAGUAUAUUUUUAAAGUAAAUAUAUUGUACUGUGAACUUGUAGGGUGCUUUUCAACAGUGUUUGUACAGUGUAAAUAGAUCAUGGAAAUAAAAUUACUUAUUCAAUAUUGCUAUUAAUUACAUAACAUUAACAUUUGAAUAUUUGUCUGUGACAAGUACCCUCUUUGCCAUGUGGUGUUUUAAUAGUGUUGCCAUCUCGGGAGUGCCUCUUGUGUUCCAGGUGCUUUGUGGUGCUUUUUCUCUGCUCUUCAAAUAGCCUGGGAAGGCAGGGAUUAGUGGCUUCAUUUUAUAAUAAAGAGAGAUUAAUUUAUUCAAGGUUCCACAGUGAGUGACCAAGGAUUUUGUGAUUUAACUCAGGAUACUUGAACUCCAAAACCAUCAAAUUAAGCCACCUACCCACCACUCAAAAUUUAGUUCUCUUGUAAAGGAAUUGCCUUGUAGGGUACUCUCUGGUAAGUAGGGAGAUCUUCUUCCCUGAUUGUAUUACCGCACCUUACCACGUAAGCCUUAUAUGAUGGGUUUUCGUUAAUUUCCCUGUUAAAUAGUUUGCUGAAGAUAAGGAUUCUCUAUAAAGAAUUGCCUGAUGUGGCAAAUAAAACUACAGGACACACAGUUAAAUUUGAAUUUUAUAGUAACAAAUAAUGUUUUUACAUGUGUAAUAUUUGGGACAACUUACACUAAAACUUUAUCUGAAACUCAAAUUUAAUUGAAUAUCUUGUGUAUUAUCUGGCAACACAACUUCUAUUGUAUGGUCUCUACAUGGUUCCUAUUUUAAUGCUUUGCAUAUAGUCAUAAACAAAAUCAGCAGGGGGUGGUCAGGAAAUGAAUAAUCUUUGAUUUUACUUCUACAGUCCAAAAUGCAGUGUGCUUAUUUGUAGCAUUUUAAACUAUAAAAAGGAGAGGUUAUCAAUCAUUACAUGAUUCUUACUGCCUUUAAGAGCCAAGACUUAAUUACAGGAUACUGCACAUGUAGUGUAUGAGAAAAAGACAUCAGUCUUUGAGUUUAAAAAAUAUCCCAAGUCCAGUUGUUUUUCUCGAUACUGGAAACCAGUAUUUGAAAAACUGUAAAAUUCAUUUAGUUAGAACAUGGAUCAAGUAGAUUAAAAUCUGUAAAAGUCAUUAUAAAUGAUGCUAGCCAUGGUGUUUUGUGGAAUGAGGAAAGACCGUAUCAGUAUGAUGUCUUCAGUAGAUCUCAGACUUAACAAAAACUAACUGUAUAGCUGCUUAUUCUCUAGGUUUAUAGCUAUAUGAUUCCCCAAAUUGAAGUAAUUCGUAAAGCAAGAGGUUUUUUGUUUAAAGCUUUUCCAUAUGGACAAUUUGGAGGGCUGUGGUAUUAUAUUAAGGAAUGACAUCAAGUGAGAAAGCAUGACUCCAGUGUGACACCAAACCAAACAAAUAGGAUUACAAAUUUGAGGCUGUGAUUCCCAAAUCUGGGGAAGUUUGUAGUCUGGAUACGUGUAUUAGUGAAGCAGAUAUCUCAAGAAGCUACUGAAAUAUUACAAGAUUAAAAAACUAGCAUGAAGGCACACCUCGUACAAAAACAAAACCAGCAAGCCACUGUCUGGAAAUCUAACCUCUUUUUAUCACCCAUUGGUUCAGCUCCCAGCUUAUAUUGAUUAGUUUAUGACGACAAACUAGAUCACUAGAUCAGUCCCUAGUGGUGCUUUGAGACCCCCUUCUAGGUAACAGAGUGAGGGUGGCAGGGAGGAAUAAAUACCACAUUUUUGGAAAAGGGAUUGAUACCUUAGGACAAGUAGUGGCUAUACUUGUGAGAUCAUGAAGUACCUGCUGGGAGAUGUCUACCUAUGUGAGUACAGGUCAAGGUAGUUUUAAUUUAGGAAGAAGGCUAAAUAUUUUGGAGCAGUCCGAAUCUGCCAUUUGGGUUUCAUUGGGUUUCUUUUCAGUAUAUAGCCAAAAACGGGAAAGGGGUCUCCAAUCUGUUUCUCUUUUAGAGAAUCAAGUCACUUAAUAUUCCUGACUGUUUCCUCAUCUAUAAGGAAAUUAAGCCACAUCAGGGAUAAAUGGCAAGUGUGAAUAGCAUUAUGGAAUUUUGUGGAAAACAUUCUAACUGGAAUUGAACAUUAUUGAGAAAAAUUGACACUGCCUAAACUUAUUUUAGGCAAAUACUACCUAAACUUAUUUGCAAACUUGCAACUUCUUAGUUUAAACGCUUAAUGCUGUGUAGUGCUUUUGAGUUCACAAAACUUCAUCACAUAGCAUUUUAUUUUCCAAGAGCCUAAUGAGGUAGAUUUUAUCAUUUCCAAAUUAGGGAAACUAAAGAAACAGACCCAGCCAGCUAAAGCAAUCUACCCACGAAUAUGCUUAGUUAGCUUCAGAAUCUGCAAUCCCAUUCUACGUAAGAUUUAUGGAGUACCUGUUGGUGCAAAGCGUUGUGUUAGGAACAAAGGAUCCAUCUUUAUCUAAGCAAAGUCACGUUGGUAGCCAUUAGGAAAAGGGACAUGCAGGGACUGAGUCCGACCAGUUGCAGUAAUUCAGUAGAGUGGUAAGGAUCUGCUUAAACUAAGGUGUCAGGAGAAGAGACAGGGAUAUGAGGAACUAAUAGCUGCUCGGUUGGAUAUAAAGGCAGCCAACUAUACAUAUAUUUAAUUAAAAUAUUAAUGGGCUAAUGCAGGUUUGAACAUGACCUACAUAUAAAACAUGUUGCCAUACCACACAAAGCCCUACUAGAGAUAUUUUUAAAACAAUUAUUUUUACAGGUAUCUGAACUCAGCAACUUUGAAUAAGUCAAAUUUUUGACUACUUAAAACCAUAGCUGGACUUUAAAAUGUAUCAUUGGUGGUAUUUUUGAUGUUAGUGUUCUUGUGUCCAUAUUCACUGUUAUUUCACUACUCCCUUAUCACUUAGUACAGAAGUUCCAGACAUUCUUAGGAAAAAAAUGUCAAAUUCCCAGCAAGUGUUUUGGACUUUUCAUUAAAUUCUAAAGCGUUCUCUUUUUUCCUUUACAUAGUUUUCCCGAUUUGAAGCAUGGCAUUGCAUUGUAAUGCAAAAAAAAAAAAAAAAAAAAAAGCCAAGAAGCAUUUAUUUGUAUGUAUAGUCCACAGAAGAGGGACUCUGCCUGUUCAUUGACUAGAACAAUGCCUGACACAUAGAAGGCACUCGAUAUAACUCCUAAUUGGUGAUGGUGAACUGAAUGUUUCCCCUCUGGUUUAGGGGUGCUCCUCCAGAGGCUUGUGUUUCCAGUUAUAUGGGCCAAUAAAUCUUAACAAUUUAAACCA